CUACUCUGGCUGAUGAAGCAUGAUUUUAUGUCCCCCUGGGUGAUUUAUCAAGCGCCGUGACGUCUAUUCCAGCAAAGGCGAAGUCGCGGAUAAUAAAGAGAACGCUGGAUGCUACGCAGAUUGUCACAUUGGGUGGUCAGCUUCUGCCCCCUUUAAACGGAAUGCACACUGUGGGUUUUGAAAGCUGGCGCCCUGUGUACAACACACUGUGCUGGCCGGCUUUACGUCAUUCAACUUUCCAAACCCAGAGAUUCCGGAGGGACGGGCAAACACUGGUAAACCUAGCAACAACCAAAAAAUAAGAGGUGCGCUACGAAUCAGCCAAAAGAACAAGCCUGACACAAACAAAAGGUGAAGAAGCAACAGAUAGGAUGCACCAGGAUUGAAAGGAGUGAAAGAGAUGAAAAAUGAGAGGCCCAGGUUUUUGAGAGCUAUGAGGGGAGAGUUGCUGAUGUUUAACUAAAUGAUGGACACCCAACUAUUCCAAAGGAAAGGCAUUGUUGUGGAAUGAGAAUCUCCCAUUUUCAACUUGAACAGUGAGUGACCUGAAAAAGUCAAAGAUUGCUUCUAAUAAAUUCAGAUAAAAAAAUUACUGGAAUACUGCUACUGUGUCAGCUGAAUACUUUUCGUCAUGAAUCGGGCUUUCAGUAGGAAAAAGGAUAAGACUUGGAUGCAUUCACCUGAAGCUCUAUCAAAACAUUUUAUACCAUACACCGUAAAGUUUCUUGGCAAUUCUGAAGUUGAACAACCAAAGGGUACAGAAAUUGUGAAGGAUGCUGUUCGGAAACUCAAGUUUGCGAGGCAUAUAAAGAAGUCCGAGGGUCAGAAGACUCCCAAGGUUGAAUUACAAAUCUCCAUCUAUGGUGUAAAAAUCUUAGACGCCAAAACAAAAGAAAUUCUGCAUAAUUGCCAAUUGCAUCGAAUAUCUUUUUGUGCUGAUGACAAAACUGACAAGAAGAUAUUUACUUUUAUUUGCAAGGAUGCUGAGUCAAAUAAACACAUGUGUUAUGUGUUCGAUAGUGAAAAAUGUGCUGAAGAAAUAACAUUAACUAUUGGCCAAGCUUUUGACUUAGCCUACAAGAAGUUUCUGGAAACAGGAGGAAAAGACGUUGAAACAAGAAAACAGAUUGCAAGUUUACAGAAACGAAUUCAGGAAUUGGAAACUGAGAAUAUUGAACUGAAAAAGAAAGUUCAAGAAAUGGAAAUUAAUUUCAGGGUCACUCAAGGUCCGUCAUCACCACUGUUGCACUUCAGUUCCAAUAAACAACUGCAGUUGUGUCAGAGGCCAUCCGCUUUCUUCUGGUCCCAUAAUAUGGAAAAUGUGUCAUUUCCUGAAAUAACCUCUUUUACGCUUAGCCCAAGAAGUCCUUCUGCCUCCAGCUUAACAGAGAGUCUACUAACACCACCUUCACCCAAACACGCAACUCAACGAGCAAUGAAUGGAUUUAGUAUUCCACGACCACGUAGAGGAAUGACGCCUUGCUCUCCAAGCACAGAUCUAUUUGACAUGGUUCCAUUUUCACCGGCAUCACCUCUUUUGCCAACACCAUCCAGCAAUGGCACAGAACUUCCUCCUUUACCUGUUAGAUCAUCUGAGAUCAGAAGAGAUAUUUUUGGAGCAGAACCGUUCGACCCUUUCAUCUCAGGUGGGGGAGAUUUUCCACCAGAUAUCCAGUCCAAACUGGAUGAAAUGCAGGAGGGGUUCAAAAUGGGACUAACUCUUGAAGGCACUGUGUUUUCUCUUGAUCCUCUGGACAGCAGAUGCUGACAUUAAGGAAUUUGAAUAUUUUCACGUUUGAAUCAUUCAACAUAUAGUGCCAAUGAAGUGCCAAAAAGAAGUUUUUCUUUGUUUUCAACAUUGUUUGAUAAUACCUCCCUUGUGUGAAUUUUUAACAUGAUCCUGCUUGCAAUUUCUUCUUGCAUUUUCUUUAAGUCAGGUUAGAAAAUAGCAUAGAAAAGUUUGUCACAAUUUAUGUUACCAUAAAAUUUGCAUUCCCCCUGACACUUUAUGAAGCUAUCUGUUUGUUCCUUCAUUUCUAAUACUUAUCCAAGGAAUAGAGUUUUUUUUAAAAUUAGAAUCAGCAUUGCAUUAUAAUUGUCCGAAUUUUGAAAAGGAUUUUCAAAACACAAGUUCUAUAUACUUUUCGUCCAUCUAUAUGUUUGUGUGAAAAGUUUGUGAUACAGAAUGUAGCCGGAGACAUUGAAUAUAACAGCUUGGAUUUUCUCUGGCUUGCCUGACUUGGGGGUUCUUCAGAAAUGGUGAGUGAAGUCCAAUUCUGACAUUACCUUUACCAUUAUCAUUUCCAAAAGCUUUUCUCAGUGCUGUACGUAGUCAGCUUUCAGGCAGCAUGCCUGCUCUUACUAGUUCUAUUGCAGUUUGACCCCCACAAAACUACCCCAACUAUACAUUCAGCUUAUUUCCAGCAAAUGUCUUUCCCAUGCCCUUGGAAGGGUAUGUUUAAAACUUAACUUACAAAAGGAUAGUGGGAUACUAGAAGUUAGGUCCCACUAGAUAGUCAUAACUACUCAUCUGGCCUCCUAUGGGCUAACAACAUUACAAUUUCAUUUUAUGGUAGCUUACGGAAAGAUUGGUCAAGAUGAGAAAAGGCCGUUAGUACCAUCCAACUCAUUCUUCCAUAGGUAUCUCUGGUGUCACUAUUACAGAAUUUUUGCACAUCUGGAAGAUCAUUCCAGGUACCAAUUUCUGUGCAUGAAGAUGUGGAUUCCAAUAGCAGUCCUUUUGUCAUUUGGAACCUAUGCCUCCUUGUGGUUUACUUUCAAACUGCUUUUCUACUCCAUGUAAUAUUACUUACGCCUAUCUAGGACCAUCUCUUACUCAAUUCAGUUGAAAAUGAGCAAAAUCAAUGUCUUACUUAUAACUCUUCCCUCAAAUAUAAGUGAUCAGCUGUUUGGUGUUAUCUCCACUGUUUCUUGGACUUGGAUUUUCCUUUGUGCCUCAACUAAGAGUAAAUGUAGUACUAAAAGAGUGGACUGAAUAGAAGAUUGAACACUCUUGGCAUUAUACCUUCGGAUUUAUCCUCUGCUGAUCUGACAGUAUAGCCUAAUCUUCCAUUUGACACUCUACAGUUAGGGGAUUAUGUUAACUAUUAAGCAUAACAGAAUUUACAACUCUCUUGCAACCUUUCCCCUUAAAAUGUUCAAUGUAAUUGAACAGUUUGUCCCCUUCCUGUUCAUUUGAUAUGUAACACCUUUGAAUUUCUUGUGUUGAUUUUUUUGCCAUUGUUAUCAAUUCACAAUUGUCUAAGUUCUUCCAUAAUGUAGCUUAAAUAUAUCAUUAGAUUAUGCUGGUGCCCUGUCUAUAUUUAGUUUUAUCUACAAAUUUGUUUAACCUGCAUUGAGUUUAUGAAUCCAGGUUAAUUAGAUAAAUCUUAAAUAAAUCCCAGUAGCAAUCUCAGAGGAAUGUUGCUCAGUACAAGUUAACCAGUUAUCCACCUCCUUGUUUUAUGUGAGACAUUUAUCUUUCAAACAUAACAGCAAAUUACACAUUACUUUAAGAAAUCAUUUAUCAUUUAUUGGUUUUCCAAAUUAAAAGCUAGUGCAGAUUAUUUAAAUACUAGCAAUCAUUUUAAUUUUAUCUCCAACUCUAUUUGGAGUAGUUUAUUAUUCUACCGGGUUAUUUAGAUAUGUUUGAAGUGUAUCAUCUGAAGUGUAAUACUAAUCUAUUACUUGAACACUGCAGGAUGAUGUGUUAAAUCAAGACAAAUGAAGAGUAAAUCAUUUAAACCUGGCAUUACUUUUUCAAAAUCAACAUAUUUCAAUAAAUUAUUAUAAACAAAUAUCUGCAUGCUUUGCCAGUAUUUCAUAUAACUAUCUUUCUUGUUUGUAAUAUGCAGAAUCUAACAAGUCUUCCUACUUCUAUCUGAACCUAUGUCAAAUGACAAUUUUUUUGUGUUAAGGUUGGUCACAGUGUGGUACUUUUUAGUGCUUGAAAUAUACUUAUCAGUAAUCUGAGUAUAUUCUGAGGGUGAUAUAGUGUACCACUGUUAAUGCUAUCAGUGAUACUUUUUUUUUCAAAAAUCAAACUGCAUCUUUCAAGUAACUGGUCACAGAUUUUAACAAAAUAGAGAUAAUUUUACAUGCACACAAUUGUCUUCCUUUCAAACCAUUUCCUGUUCUAUUUUUUGAAUUGUGAUUGUCAGCAUGGAAAGAGUGUUGGCAAUAUUUGUUUAACUUCACAUAUCUGUUGGGAUGACUGCUAAUGAAUUAACAAAACUUUGACUUUUGUCAAAUCGCUAGGGAAUAUGUAUUAUUUAGAUUCACAACUAUAAGUGUUGUACCAGUAUCUGGUACUAUUAAGUAAACAUAACGAAUGUGCUGAACCAAAAAAAGUUAUGAUUGCUUUGUAGAUGCAUACUACUAUUGAUUUGUUUGGAAAUAGGAGGUAGACCAUGUCUAUAACACCAGUAUAUCUUUGUAAUGUCUGUUAGUUGUAAAAACCUCCUUCAAUUACUGAUAAUAAAUUUUU